AUGCAUUCAACUCCAGCAAGGAGCCACCAAUUGCACUUCAUGCGCAUCUCCUUAGGCCCUUUAAAUCUUAGAUGUCGCAAGGAAACACUAUACUUCACAAGAAACACCAUUACGAAAGUUCAAUACCAAAAACGAUGUCCUCACAUGGGCACGUGCACAGGCCUAAAAUGCGCUAAAAUUACCUUUAAUUCACUAGUCGAGGAAUUACUCGAUGCUAAUAAUUAUACGGGCAUAACAUACUGCUCUGAAUCCUGUGGCGGUUUAGGCUGCUCUUGCGGCUAUCCGUCAUCAGGAUGUCUUUUUUACAGAAUCUACCAUGUUCCCGUAGACGACAACAUUUACGAAGUCUUCCAAUGCCCAUCAUGGUUCGAAACAAUAUCGUUUCAGGUUGAACUUCACGGACCCAAGCAUAGAGCGCACACCUUUGAAUUAAAACCCUAUACUACUAAACAAAUCGCUAACGUCUCAUUUGAAAUUACUUCAUUCACAUUUACACCAAUCUCACUACUCAACCAACGAUUCUUCACAAACAAUAACUCAACAGCCUUACAUCCACGUCAUAAUGACACGAUCCAUGACCAGACCAACUGUAUAAUCAAAGACACAUGCAACUGCAAUCCUGCAGAAGAUUCCGUUAACUGCUAUUGUACCAAUAAUAAUGUCUCACGAAUAACACAAUUGCAGAAUACGUUUCCCCUUGCCAAUAUUAGAAGGACUAGUAUCCACAUAAGGCCGCAACAACAUACCUACCAUUACUACACGGGCAGUAUCCGUACAUUCAAUCACACCAUAAAAGAAACUACGCAAGAAAUCCAAAAUUUUCAAUGUCGCAUACUGCCCCGACUAUUCCGAUGUUAUAAUUGUGUGAAGGGUUCAGUAGCAACUCUCUUCUGUGAAUCAGAUACAGAACGUAUAAUCAUAUACUUUUAUUCUUCAAUAAGGCUCGCAUCCAGGAAACAUGUAGAGCACAAUGCGGAAACAUACAUCACGAUUUUCGAAUUGCAAGGAACACUCAACUACGUGAACGGAUUCAAGCCAUUAUGGCACUACAUCCACUCAUGGACAAGAAAUACUUCCACCAAUACUUCCUUCAAUAUCGAAUUUGCAUUCCCAGACAUAUCACAUUUCCUCGAUACCUGUAAGCAAUUUUUCAUAUAA